UUCCGAAGGUGCUGGCUGGAGUUAGCUUCGGGGACCCCGGUUUCAGUCUGUAAACCCGGCUCGGCGGAGCCUCAGUCGCAGUAGCGUUCGCGCGGGUGAGCGGUGCAGGGCUCGACGGCGCGGCGGAGGGCGCUAUCCGCGUCCCCGCGCCGCGGCUCUGCUAGGGACGGAGCGCCCCGGCCGAAGCUCCGGGGGCCUGCGACGAGCGAGGCCCUUGGGGUUAGGGUCUGAGGCUUGGGCUCUGCCUGGGCCACGCGGACCCUGACGUGAGUGAGGCGGCCCUGGGAGCAUGAGCGGGCAGCGCGUGGACGUCAAGGUGGUUAUGCUGGGCAAGGAAUACGUGGGCAAGACAAGCCUGGUGGAGCGAUACGUGCACGACCGCUUCUUGGUGGGCCCGUAUCAGAACACCAUUGGGGCUGCCUUCGUGGCCAAGGUGAUGUGCGUUGGAGAUCGGACGGUGACUCUGGGUAUUUGGGACACAGCAGGAUCAGAGCGCUACGAAGCCAUGAGCAGAAUCUAUUAUCGGGGCGCCAAAGCUGCCAUUGUGUGUUAUGACCUCACUGACAGCAGCAGUUUUGAGAGAGCCAAAUUCUGGGUGAAGGAGCUGCGCAGUUUAGAAGAGGGCUGUCAAAUUUACCUGUGUGGCACUAAGAGUGACCUGCUGGAGGAAGACAGGCGGCGCCGUCGUGUAGACUUCCACGAUGUCCAAGAUUAUGCAGAUAAUAUCAAAGCCCAGCUCUUUGAAACAUCCAGCAAGACAGGCCAGAGUGUGGACGAGCUCUUCCAGAAAGUGGCAGAGGAUUACGUCAGUGUGGCGGCUUUCCAGGUGAUGACAGAGGACAAAGGUGUGGACCUGAGCCAGAAGGCAAACCCUUACUUCUACAGCUGCUGUCAUCACUGAGCCACCACUCAUCUGGCCUGGGAGAAUUAAAUGAAUUCCCCCAGAGGGCUUGGACCCAAUUCUUGUCUGGGCUGGUGUGGUCAAGUGUCUGAGCUGCUCCAGGUCCCCUUGGCAGCAGAGGUGGCACCUGCCUGUGCUGGCCCAUGGAACGGAGGCAGUAUUGGGCAGAUUGUGGGCAUGAAGAAGGAUAAGGGCUGAUUUGACUUCCAGGCUUGUGUCCUGGACAGAACUUCUGUCCACAGAUUAUUUAACUAGCUUCUGAACUGUAAAUAAAAUUGAUGCACUGUGA